CCGCCGCGGGCACUGCGCAGGCCCGGCGCCGCCGCCCGCAUGGAGGAGGAGGAGGAGGAGGCCGGCGGCGGCCGGCGGGCCGCGGGGAGCCGGGCCCGCUUCGUGCGGUGCCUCUACGCGGUGGGAUUUCUGGACUUAUUUGGGGUGAGCCUGGUUGUUCCUUUAAUGAAUCUUCACAUCAAAUCUCUAGGAGCAAGUCAUACAGUUGCUGGAAUCAUAGGAUCUCUCUAUGGUGUAAUGCAGCUAUUUUCCAGCAUAUUUGUGGGCUGCUGGAGUGAUAUAGUAGGAAGACGGUAUUCCCUGCUUGCCUGUAUUCUUCUUAGUGCACUGGGUUACUUCCUUCUUGGAAAUUCCACCACAGUAUUCCUGUUUGCUAUUUCUAGAGUGCCUGUAGGUAUUUUCAAACACACCCUUUCCAUCUCUAAAGCCCUGCUGUCUGACCUGGUUUCAGAGAGGGACCGCCCUUUAGUAAUGGGGCGCUUCAAUGCAGCCUCCAGUGUGGGCUUCAUUCUGGGACCUGUUGUUGGUGGCUACCUUGCAGAGUUUGAAGGUGGCUUUUACCAAACAUCCUUCAUCUGUGCCUCUAUUUUUCUUCUGAAUGGUGGUCUUGUUUGGAUGUUACCCUGGAGUGAAGAAAACACUAGCAGUAGGGACCAUUACCAAGAUAAAGGAACGAACAGUUGCUCAGCAAAAUCAAAUCAUGACCUUCACUCGAAAUCAGCAACUAGUAGAGCUGUGACAAACAGUAGUUUUUUCCAGUCUCCAUGGAUCCAGGUUGCAGCAGUGCUGAAGAAGAUUAAGGGAAUUGCAUGCUCCAAUUUGUGGGAUGUAUUUUUGGUGCGGUUCCUGAUGUCUGUUGCUAUACUGCUGUACUACAGUAAUUUCACUCUGGCCUUGGAGGAGAGAUUUGAGGUGAAACCCUUGGUUGCUGGAUACCUAAUGAGCUACAGCAGUGCACUCGGCGUCCUGGCUGGUUGUCUGCUCGGACCAAUAACAAGACUCUAUCAGCACAACACUUACAGACUUCUGUUGCACUCCAGCACUUUCACCUGCAUGCUGAUUCUGCUGUAUGCAUCAGCAGGGAGCAUAUGGAUGGUCAUUCUGUCCUCCACCUUCUUGGCCUUCUCCACCACUAUAGGCCGAACGUGUAUCAUUGACCUGGAGCUGGCCGUCGGUGGGAACGAGGCCAGCGGUACACUCCUGGGUGUUGGACAGUCGGUGACAUCAGUGGGACGCAUCAUUGCCCCACUCCUGUCUGGAAUUGCUCAGGAGUUCAGUCCUUGUGGCCCUCCAAGCCUAGCUGUGGGACUAGCAUUAGUUGCAAUUGUGAUAAUGAAUGCAAACAAACAAAAAUACCAUAGUCAUGGAAGCAGGAAGUUAAAAAAUCAGUAGUCACAAUUUUGGAUUGCACAGAUGUAUCUUCACCUGCUAGGCUUGUACAGUAAUUACAUGAUUUUUAAAGACAGCACAUGAUGUUCCUGUGGAAGCAAAUAUAUAUACGUAUUUCUGCUGCAGAGAGACAGAUGUUAUUCUAAAACGUACCAUUAGGAUAUUUCUAAGAGGGACACAUAUUGCUAUGUUGUACUGGCUAUGAUUUUUUAAAUGGAUUUUUAACCUUUUUGGAGGGGAAAAAAAGAAUGUCAGGAAACGCACAAAUCCUGCUUGUAGCUCAUUUUUGAAACAGUGUUUAGAUGGAAAGAUUGUUUAAAAAGGUGAAUCAAAGGUGUGUUUUUGUUAUUUAAUCAGAAGGAGAAUUUGCAGUAUGUUUGGCCUUAAUUUCUUAUGCUGUUAUCUGUUUCCUUUUGUCUGUUAUGACAGUUAUAUAACAGGAUGUGUGCUUAU